AUGAUUGAAUCUAUUAAAGGUAUUUCCCUUAUCAUUGGUUUGGGUAUUGUUAUCAGAUAUGCCUACCGUUUUAUCAUGUUCGUUUAUGCCUUUUCUCUUAGAGCUCCAGUAAACAUUAAAAAAUAUGGCAGUUGGGUCGUCGUCACCGGUGCCACUGAUGGUAUUGGUAAAGCUUAUUGUCACCAAUUUGCCAAAAAAGGUCUUAACAUUUGCUUAGUUAGCAGAAGCCAAGAAAAAUUAAACCUUGUUGCCUCAGAAAUUGAAAACAAAUACAAUGUUCAAACUAAAGUUAUUUCAUUCGAUUUUAACACAACUGAUGAUACUAAAUAUCAAGCAUUAUACAAACAACUCGGUGGUUUAGAUAUUGGUGUUUUAGUUAAUAAUGUUGGUAUCUCAUAUGAACAUCCAAUGUACCUUGAUGAAUUACAACCAAGUACCAUCGAAUCAUUAAUCAACUUAAAUGUUAGAUCUCUUACUGUUUUAUCUAAAUUUGUUCUUCCAACCAUGUCCGAAAAGAAGAGAGGUUGUAUUAUUAACUUAAGUUCAUUCAGCGGUAUUGCACCAAGUGGUGUUGCCUUAUUAUCAGUUUACAGUGGUACCAAAGCUUACGUCGAAAAAUUCUCACUUGCUUUAAAUACCGAAUAUGCUAAAAGAGGUGUUUUCGUUCAAUGUAUUACCCCAGGUAUUGUUGUUAGUAAUAUGUCAAAAGUUCGUAGAACUUCAUUAUUCGUCCCAUCACCAGAAGCUUUCACUAGAUCAGCUGUUGCUACUAUUGGUCACGAAAAGAUUACCACCGGUUAUUGGAGUCACGAAAUUCAAGCCUUCUUCAUUAAAAGUUUACCAGAAUUUGUUACUGAAAAAAUUUUAUUCGAUAUGCAUCUUGGACAAAGAAAGAGAGCUUUAAACAAAAAGAAACAAAACUAA